AUGGAACCACCGAAUAUGAAAAAAAGAGUUGACAUUUCAUCCCCGACUCCUGGUCAAUCUUCAAGUGGGAAAGCGCAGAAAAGGGUCGAUGAAGAUAUUGAUGUGCAGUUUAUGGAGAUGAUAAGCAACUUCAUGAAAAAGACCAAGCGACACCUACGUAACCUCGCUAGUCAUAUAGGAUUUGAGCAGGAUGCCAAAGCACGCAAGGCUUUUGAUGAGGUAUUGGAGAAGAUGAGUUUCCUGACGGUGCAAGACAAGAUUGUGGUUUUGAUAGAACUUUAUGUUGAACAUAAUGUAGUAGCUAGCUAA